AUGCAUGCGUCGACAAGAGAGAGAGAGCAUAUAAUAUGGCUAGCUAGCGGUUUUUGUAUGGUGCCAUGCCAAAGUCCAAACCAAAGACCUACACAUACCAGCACAACUAAAUCUCCAGAUGAAGAAUCCAAAUCCACGUGCUGCACGGAUCUAAAUUGUUGCCCAAUGACGCCUCCUGCUGGGUCUCACGGAAAAGAAAACAGGAGGAGCUAGGAGGAGGAGGAGGAGGAGAAGGAAGGUGAAGAGCGGCACAGCAGGAAAAAUCUCUUUAGUUGUAGCUCAGUUGAGCAAGACAGCAACAACAAUUAGCAAAAGUGCAAAAAGAAAGAAAGAAAAAGCCGCUUUAGUUGGCAUCAUGACUACACAGUGUUGUAGUACAGCUCAUGA